UCUCACUGCAGUCGAAGGGAGAGAAAGAGAACAGAUUGAUGUUGUUUUUGUGAAAAAAUUGAUUAAUAAAAAAAUUUGUCUCAACAACGAAUCUGUCAAUUGGGUCUUGUGUGAUGCAAACAUUUUCCAGUGCGGGGUCUAUGACAAAUUGCUGAGGAACUGAUAAAAAUCAGAAAGAGUCACUUUGAAGGAAGGAGUGCGUUCCGUGCGACCAAAGUGCACUUGUUCCCCGGGUGACCUAGUUGCACUCACAAUCAUCGAAAAAUUCCAGUGUCGCGAUAGUGUUUGAAGCGAGGGUCUUUGAGCUGCAGCAGGAGAAAACCCGGACGCCAAGAUGAAUAUGAAACUACCCGACAUCAACGUGAAGAAGUUCGUGAAGGAAGCGGGCAGCACUCUGUCGCGCGUCGUGCAGUUAACCGAGGAAAAACUUGGAACGGCCGAGAAAACCGAACUCGAUUCGCACUUCGAGCAUCUCGCCGAGCGAGCAGAAUGCACCCGAAACUGGACCGAGAAGAUCGUCCGCAAUGCAGAGGCCGUGAUGGUUCCGAAUCCAGGAAAUCGCAUGGAAGACUACAUCUUCGAGAAAAUUGAGAAGAAAAAGCCAACGCGACUCAGCAACUUGGAGUACCUUGGCUUGGAUAUGAUUGAAGCCGGUGGGGAAUUCGGGCAGGACAGCCCGUACGGGAGUGCCCUGAUAAAGGUUGGCCAUACGGAGCAAAAGCUGGGUUCUUGCGAGCGAGAUUUCAUCGGAUCAGUGGGAAUUUGCUUCACACAGCCAUUACGCAAGUUCCUGGAAGGCGAAAUGAAGACAAUAACAAAGGAAAAAGGAAUUUUGGAGACCAAGAGAUUAGAUUUAGACGCAUGCAAAAAUCGUGUACGUAAAGCAAGGAGUAUGCUUGGACAGCAAGCGAAAGAUGGUCUAUCUCCAGAAGCGGUGCUGGAACAGGCCGAACGCGAUCUACGUAUAGCUCAAGCAGAGUUUGAUCGUCAAGCGGAAAUAACAAAACUUCUACUGGAAGGUAUUGGUACUUCACAAGCCGGCCAUUUACGGCAUUUGCAUUCGUUCGUUGAAACGCAGGCGCGGUACUAUAAACAGUGCGGUCAAAUUAUGGACGACCUGCAGAAGGAACUGGCUAGCUUGGGAGGGCCAACGCCAUACAUCCCAGUGGGACUUGAACCUGAACAAAACCAACCUAAGGUGCCAGGCAACGACGAAAUGAAACGAGCCCGAGUUUUAUGCUCCUACGAUGCCAAGGAUCAUACUGAAUUGAAUCUUACAGCCAAUGAGAUAAUACUGGUAGCGGAAUGUUCACCUCCACACAGUGAUUACAUGUAUGGCAAACAAGGACUCCUCAAAGGGCUAGUGCCACGAGCGUUCCUAGAAAUCAUAGAUGACGCCAAUGAAUAAGAAGACCGACUGAUUAUGCGAUUAACCUGAUAGCGGAAAUCUUAUGGACAAUGAGUUUCGAGAGAUUAAAAACACCAUAUCUUGUAGGACAUCCUUACAAUAUUAUUCGUAUUAUAAUUAUGAAAUUUACUGAAAUUUUCGAUAUAAGAAAGUUCUAACUGUUCCUCAAUUGUUAUGUAUUACGUAAAUGCUAAGGAAACUAAGCACUAGUUAAGAUUUUAUCAUACCCAAUCCAAAAUGCAUUGAAAUUUUUAUAGUAUUGUGAAUUGCUAUAUUAAAAAUUUAAAAAUCUUGCCAAGCUCAA